CACUGCCUUGUUUGGAACUGGGUGGAAAUCCUGGAGAUGGAUCUCUUAGGAGACUGUCUUCCAAUUGGGUUAGAUGCACAGGAGCAAUGGAUCGCCCCAGCUACCUGGAAGAGGACUAUUCUAGCCUGGAUGGGCUGGACGAUGACGUGUUUCACUCUGAUGACUUUGGACUUGCAGGUCAGCCUGGUGAGAUGACUGCAACUGGCAUUUUCACACAGAACCAGUCCUACAGCUGCCUUCUGGGGAGGUUUCAACUAUUCCCCCUCACACACUGCUGUGGUCCCGGUAUCAGGCAUCCUGAGCAGCAGGACAAGGCAACUCAAACACUCAGCCCGUCCUCUUCCAGUCAGGAUGUUAUGUUGCCUUGUGGAGUCACUGAAGAGCCCCGGAGACUCUUCUAUGGGAAUGCUGGCUACCGUUUACAUGUCCCUCCAGUUGGCUUUGCGUUGGACCCGCACCUCCAAGAGGAGCCUCCGGAAGGUCAGCGGGAAGUGCGUGCCGAGGUGCAGAUUGCACGGAAGUUGCAGUGCAUUGCUGACCAGUUCCACCGGCUCCACAUACAGAGGCAUCAGCAGAACAGAAAUCAAGUGUGGUGGCAGCUUUUUCUCUUCCUACACAACUUGGCCUUAAACGCGGAGGCGAACAGGAACCACACUGGGCAGAGGUGAGCUUCGCCCGCCUGUUUCAGGCCGCAUCCAGUCUGCAGGGAGCACUGAACAAACACUGGUUCGGGGGCGAGACAUUGCACACCGCCGGCCGGAUGUGAGGACUCUGAAUUUCUGAUACUCGUCUUCAAGUUUGGGGGUUUUUACGGACUCUUCUUUGCUGCUGCCUGCCUCGCGGGGCAGGGAGCUCUUGUCCAACACUGUCGAAGGAAAGCCAGAAUGUGGGUGUGUUUGGUAAAGCUUGCUGCUGGUUCCCCGCGCCGGUGACCUCUGUGCAAGGGAGGCAGGUAUUAGACUAACAGCUUCCUCUGCCCUGUGUGUUAGUCAAUGAUAGAGUGCAGGAGUGUCAUUUUGGCUGCUAGUUAAAAAUGAUGUCUGGGAUUGAUGACUCUAAACAUACUUUGGGUAUCUUCCAGAGCAGAGAUGCUCGAUUCCUCCACAGAGAAAGUUCUUUUUAGCAAUGAAAACGUUCAAGUAGCUUAUAUCCAUCAGGUUACUUGUUUUCUGCAUGGGUUACUGUUUAUUUCCUUGCGCCCUGUGUGAGACAAAAUCACAAAGAAAUCUGAUCUCGUCAAUCUUUCCAUUGGGCACCAGUUGCUGCUUUCUCACAUGAAGUUGUUCUUUGUCAUUGCCAUGAAUAGAAAAAAUCAUUUCAGUAGAACAGUCUUAAAAUUAAACCUUCCUGGGGUUGCUGGGGGCUAUUAGUUUCUGCCACUGUUUGCUUCCAGUUCAGUGUUCGCAGUGCCCAUGAGCCAGCGUGAAGCCAAAACCCAUGGAAUAUGACACAAGCGUCAUUCUUCUACAAUGCUAAUGUAUAUGUUUUUAUUAGUUUUAUGAUGGGUGUUUAUUUUGUUUUGUUUUUCUUUUCUCUUACUAAAAUGCGGUUGGUCAGAAAGGCUUAGGUCCCAGGCAUCCGAUAGUUUUGCUUCAGGAUUUGACAGAGAAAUUAAUUAGCAACUAGUCUGAGAUGUACACUGUACAAGCAGUCUGCCCAUUACUCUAGUAUGUGAUGUUUGGAGGCUGCCGUAAGCAUAUAUUGACUAGCAGCAGUAAUAUUACUUCAAGGGAGAUCUUCUAACAGUUCCUGGUUGGUAUGCACUCAGAAGUUUGUCCGUAUGACUGACACUGUUGGACCAGCACAGGGAAAUUACCCUACCAAAAGGAAGUAGCCUUAAAUAUCGAUGGCUACUUCUCUGUAGCCUUAAAUAUUGUUAGUUUGCAAACCCAGUGGCAACCAGGGUAAAACACGAACAGAAAAGCAAUACAGACUUUAUUUUUUUCAGACCGUUUCCAUAUUGCCACUGCAAUUUGUUGUAGGUCUCAAAUGAUACAACCAAUGUGAGGAAGAGCUGUCCAGAGAAUUGCUCUUCAGUCCUGUUACAGAUGUCGACUUCAGGUGUUGAGGAAUUCUUCUGCUCUUGGUCCACUCUGAAAAAUAAGCAUUACUGUACGGGAAGAGUAGUUUACUUGCACAUACGCUUUCUCCUGCACCCCUCUCUGCAUAUCCUUCUCUAAUUCAUGCUUUCUCUGGUAUUUGUAUAAUCUCAUUAUUGCACUGUAGUGUCUGGUAACAAUUUGCUGAACACAGUUAAAUUUGGGCUUUCUCCCUCUCUCCCAGCCCCAUUCUCUUGAUUUGCAUCCUGCUCUACUGUGGCAAAAUGUGCUUUAGCUCCCUGAAAGAGGUCCCCAAGCCUUUUUCACUUUCAUAUAUUCACAGUCACUCUCUUCUAACGUAAGGAGAGUUUAUGUGAGAAAAGCUUCUUUUUCUCCUCUUAUGUUCUUUUUCUAGCUAGAGCUAGAGUAAUAUGUUUGUCCAUGAUGGUUAACAAUUCAUAUAAAUGAAUCUCAAGCAAUAUUUUGGGGGGUGGGUUUUAUGGAGAGGAAGGGCGGGAGGUUUUUUUAGACGGGGGAAUUGUUUUUGGUUUUGUGUUGUUUCUUUAAGCAUGUGCACUACAGAGUUACCCAGAGGGAUACAAGUGGUAGCUGUUGCUGACUAUGCCGCAGCAGUAUGGGAAGCCGCUCUCUGCCCAUUUGACAGAGGCUUUCCAUGCCUUGCUUUGCACAGUCUGCUUGGAGUAAACGCUGGUCAUUGGAGAACGAGGACUUAAACAGGGGGGGAAAGCCUGAGGGGUAGCGCAAGCACGGACUGAACUGGGGACCCCUGAGAAGCUGGAUGUUAAGGAGAAGACUCUUCAAUCAGAAGCUCUUAAAGAGGCAGGAGUGGAAGUGCUGAGGCUCAGGAAGCAAUGCAGCAAUGCUGCCUGCCCGCACGGCAUGCUCUAGGAUGCGAUGCUUGCGUUUUCCCACUGAUUGCCAGGACCCCUUUAUCAGGAACUGUCAAAGCUACAUCGUAACAGCCCUGCAAACUACGAAAAAUUCAGCAAGUGCAUCCGACGCUUAAAAACCAUCAUGAGCUUUCCCCUUCCCCUCUGCCUUGACUUGACUGCCAAACAGGCCAAUAAGGCCUCUUCUCUGGAUGCGUAAGCUGGAAAGAUAGGUCUGGUACUGGUGCUUUCUGGUGUUGCGACCCAACCAGUUUAUCUAGGGUAAGACUCUUCUUAACACGGAGAAAGAAGUACCUGAAACCAUUUCUCAGUCAGGCUGCCUGCCUCAAUAGAGUCCUUUGGCUCAGGGAAAGACACAUCUUUGCCAGUCUGUAUUUCCCGGUGUAACAACAGACUUAUCAAAAUUGGUCAUGCCAGGCUCUCAAGUUAAAAUCUCCUUGAACAACAAUACUUCAUUGGAGACAUAGAGCUAAUGCUAGACAAAGGCCGACUUCCUGCAAUAUGUGUGUUGGUUACUGGUGCCAGAGAUUUACAACCACUGAUAAUAUAUUUUAAUUAUAUUCCAUAUCUGCAUAUCUUAGAGAAAGGAAAUAUGCUCUGUCAACCCAAAAGUCUUAUUUUGCUUCAUGUAGAUUUGGAGGGGCAGACUGGUUAUUCACUUAGGGAAAAAUAGCUACUUCAUACUUACAGUCUCACCUACUUGAGUAAAUAGUGGGAAGAUUUCACACAUUUAUUGACAAAUACACAGAUGCACAGCACCCAUUUAUUUGUCACCCAUUCCAUGUUAGUAAGGACUUGAGCACGCACUGAGGAGAUCUUCCCCGCAGAGUAGCUAUUGCAAUGUGGCCACGGACAUACGUCGAUUGUUUGGGGAAACAGUUCCAAGGAACGUGGUUUAAGUCCUGUUGGUGAAGGAGUAUGCUCAGGUUUUUAGAUAUUAGUUUGUCUUGGUGAAAGGAAUGGGACGCUGUUUCUCUCUGUGUUGUAAAACUACAAUCUAACAAUUUAGAAAGAACAGUCGGAUCUUUCUCCUAAAACAAAUUCCUAUUUUUAAUGAGCAGUUCUUAAGAAGAGCUUGAGCUGCUGCUGAUGGUACCAGCAGCCUUGAAGUAUCUUGCUUGCCUUCCCCAGAUCUC